AUGCUAUAUAAGACCAGAAAUCGCUCAUUAAAGCUUCUACCCUCGACCACUACCGAACCUGACCUGAGCGCACCUUCUGAGCUCGAGUUCAGUGGCAACGUCUACCUCGAGCUCAUUCACCGCGAUCCGAAAGUUGCAACCGCCAAUGUUACGUUCGCUCCGUGUGCCCGCAUUCACUGGCACACGCACGAGGAGGGGCAGGUCAUCAAAGUCACGACCGGAAAUGGCUGGAUAUGCGACAAGGGAAAGAAGCCAAGACGGAUAAAGGCAGGGGAUGUGAUCUGA